UAAUGUAGACAAAUGCGUGACAAUUACAUUUACCCGGGCUAAAACACCACUCUCCUACAAUUAUUUGGUGUCAGGGUCGAAAUUGAACCGAGUGCAGUCGGUAAAGGAUUUAGGAGUACUUUUAAAUGCAGAACUGACUUUCAGAGACCAUAUUGUCAGCAAGUGCAAGAAAGCGUUCCGAAUCCUAGGAUUUGUGCUUCGACGAGCAGUGGGGUUUAAGAGUGUGACGGCCAUUUCGGCUUUGUACAACGCCCUGGUACGAAGCCAACUGGAAUGCAAUGCUGCAAUCUGGGCCCCGCAUGAGACGAAGUACAGCAUAAUGAUAGAAAGGAUACAAAAUAAGUUUACGAGAAUAACCGAACGUGGAUGCCUCGCUAAAUGCACAUCCGAACAGUCGAGCGAUCUUCGUGCAUGCCUCGCGACCGAGGCAAACGGUACAUCUGUGCGAUCCUGCUGCUCAUACCGAUGGUGAUGCUCGUGCUCCUGAUCAUUUACAAUUUAGAAAACGAUGCCGACGAUUUUGAGGAAGUACAAGGGCAGAAGUGGGUACCUCGUGCGUUGAGGAUGCGAUCGCGCUACACGGCGGGAUACAGGCGAGCGCACGGCGAGCUGUGCCAAGCACGCGGCGCGCGCGUCCGCCUCGUGGUGCUGGUGGCGUCGGCGCCGGCGCACGCCGCGGAGCGCGACGCCGUGCGCGCCACCUGGGCGCGCGCGGCGCGGCCCAACCGCGUCGCGCUCGCCUUCCUCCUCGGCGCCUCGCCGCCGCACCUGCGCGAUGCGAUACUCCGCGAAGACUCCUGCCAUCGAGACCUCAUCGAGGCCCGCUUCGUAGACGCCUACCAUAACCUCCCAUUGAAAUCGCUUUCGAUGCUAGAAUGGUUCGCCACCUAUUGCCCGCUAGCUCCUCAUUUGUUCAAAACUGACGACGACAUGUUCGUCAACAUCGAGCAGCUGCUCCUCUUUAUCGAAGAGCACAACACGAGGAACACGAUCUGGGGGCAAGUGUUGGAGGGCGUGAAGGUGGUGCGGGACGAGCGGUUCAAGUACUCGGUGCCAGAGGCGGAGCAUCCCGGCGCGCGGUUCCCGCCGUACGCGACGGGGCACGGGUACCUGGUGAGCGGCGACGCGGUGCCGGCGCUGCGAGCUGCUGCGCUCGGCGCGCGAUUCGUGCGACUGGAAGAUGUCUUCAUGGGAGUGGUGGCGCGGCGCGCCGGGGUGCGCGUGGCGCACGCGGCGGCGCUGGCGCUGGCGCUGCAGGCGGGCGGCGGCGCGUGCGCCGCGCGCCGCGCCCUCGUCGCGCCCGCGCGCCCGCACGAGCAGUACGCGCGCUGGGCCAUGCUGCAAGACCCCGACAUCGCGUGCUGAUGCUGAUGCUGCUCUCCCCGUGCUGUGCAGGAUACCCCCAUUUUCCACAAUUUCAUUUGCCAUACUAUAGAAUUUGACUAUUAAGCUAUCAAAAAAAUAUUACACAUUAUAAAAAAUGCAGUUUAUUUAUGUUUUACAAUUACAAUGUUGCAAUGUUGCAAGCUUGCAAUGUUGUAGAAGAUGUACAGCAUGUAUUAGCGGAAUGUGUGCGGAACGAAAAUAUCAGACAACAGUUGAUUGUGUCACUAAAUAUAAAUAAAUUAGAUAUAGGCGCAUUUCAAAGUAUCUUAGCUAUACCGAUCUCAGAAGAGGCAAAGGAGAUAUAUUUGUUUAUAUAUAAAUAUUUAAUUCAGUAUACUGUAAGGCCGUAGAUGACUGUAAUUUAGUUUAAGUUACGAUGGGACUGGCAUAAUCUUAAGAUUAAAAG